AUGGCGGGGCAGUGCCUGAGGUCCGGAGCCGCGGAGCGCGCCGGCAGCUGCUGGCAGGACCCGCUGGCCGAGGCGCUGAGCCGGGGCCGGCCGCUUGCGGCGUCCCCGGGCCGGGGCUGCGCGCGAAGCCGGCCACUUAGCGUGGUCUACGUGUUGACCCGGGAUCCGCAGCCCUUAGCGGAACCCGAGACUGGAGCCGAGGCGGAGCCGCUGCCUCUGCGCUGCCUGCGUGAGGCGUGCGCGCAGCUCCCCGGACCGCGGCCACGACCUCAGCUGCGCAGCCUGCCUUUUGGGACCCUGGCGCUGGGAGACACCUCAGCGCUCGAUUCCUUCUACAACGCGGAUGUGGUGGUGCUGGAGGUGAACAGCUCCCUGGCGCAGCCCUCCCUGUUCUACCACCUGGGUGUGCGGGAGAGCUUCAGCAUGACCAACAACGUGCUCCUCUGCUCCCAGGCCGACCUCCCUGACCUGCAGGCCCUACGGGAGGACAUUUUCCAGAAGAACUCGGAUAGCGCUGGCAGCUACACGCUGAUCCCCUAUGUGGUGACAGCCACUGGUCGGGUGCUAUGUGGAGAUGCGGGCCUCCUGAGGGGCCUGGCUGACGGCCUGGUACAGGCUGGGGUGGGCACCGAGGUGCUGCUCACACCCCUGGUGGGCCGGCUUGCCCACCUGCUGGAGACCACGCCCACGGACUCCUGUGGCUAUUUCCGGGAGACCAUUCGGCAGGACAUCCGGCAGGCACGGGAGCAGUUCAGCGGGCAGCAGCUGCGGCAGGAGCUGGCUCGCCUACAGCGGAGACUGGACAGCGUAGAGCUGCUCAGCCCUGACAUCAUCAUCAACCUGCUGCUCUCCUACCGUGAUGUGCAGGACUACUCAGCCAUCAUUGAGCUGGUGGAGACACUGCAGGCCUUGCCCACCUGUGACGUGGCCGAGCAGCACAGUGUCUGCUUCCACUACACAUUUGCCCUCAACCGGAGGAACAGGCCUGGGGACCGGGAGAAGGCACUGGCUGUGCUGCUGCCACUGGUACAGUUUGAGGGCUCAGUGGCACCUGACCUAUAUUGCAUGUGUGGCCGUAUCUAUAAGGACAUGUUCUUCAGCUCUGGCUUCCAGGAUGCUGGGCACCGGGAGCAGGCCUAUCACUGGUAUCGCAAGGCUUUUGAUGUAGAGCCCAGCCUCCACUCGGGCAUCAAUGCAGCUGUGCUUCUCAUUGCCGCUGGGCAGCGCUUUGAGGACUCCAAGGAACUCCGGCUCAUAGGCAUGAAGCUGGGCUGCCUGCUGGCCCGAAAAGGCUGUGUGGAGAAGAUGCAGUAUUACUGGGAUGUUGGCUUCUACCUGGGAGCUCAGAUCCUCGUCAAUGACCUCACCCAGGUGGCACUGGCUGCAGAGCAGCUGUACAAGCUCAAUGCCCCCAUAUGGUACCUGGUGUCUGUGAUGGAAACCUUCCUGCUGUACCAGCACUUCAGACCCACACUAGAGCCUCCUGGAGAAACCCCACACCUCGCCCACUUCUGGCUCCACUUUUUGCUACAGUCCUGCCAGCCACUCAAGAUGACUUGUCUCCAAGGGGAGCAGUGCUUGGUGCUGGUCCUGGAGAUGAAUAAGGCGCUGCUACCGGCCAGGCUGGAGGCUCAGGGUACCAACCCGGUGAGCACAGUGACAGUGAGCCUGCUGGAGCCCAGUAAGCAGGACGUUCCCUCCAGCUGGACCUUCCCGGUGGCCUCCAUCAGCGGUGUCAGCGUGUCGAAGCGAGACGAGCGCUGCUGCUUCCUCUCUGCGCUUCCCCCGGCUCAGGACGUCCAGCUGUGCUUCCCCAGCGGAGGGCACUGCCAGUGGUUCUGCGGGCUGAUCCAGGCCUUGGUGAAGAAUCCGGACUCCACGGCGGCCGCAGAGGAGGCGGAGGGCGGAGGGGAGAUAUUGGAGUUUGAUUAUGAGUACACGGAGUCGGGAGAGCGGCUGGUGCUGGGCAAGGGCACCUACGGGGUGGUGUACGCCGGCCGCGAUCGGCACACGCGGGUGCGCAUCGCCAUCAAGGAGAUCCCGGAGCGGGACAGCAGGUUCUCUCAGCCACUGCAUGAAGAGAUCGCUCUGCACAAACGCCUGCGCCACAAGAACAUCGUGCGCUAUCUGGGCUCAGCCAGUCAGGGCGGCUACCUCAAGAUCUUCAUGGAGGAAGUGCCUGGAGGCAGCCUGUCCUCCUUGCUGCGGUCAGUGUGGGGACCCCUGCAGGACAACGAGAGCACCAUCAGUUUCUACACCCGCCAGAUCCUGCAGGGACUCAGCUACCUGCAUGACAACCGCAUCGUGCAUCGAGAUAUCAAGGGGGACAAUGUACUGAUCAACACCUUCAGCGGGCUGCUCAAGAUUUCCGACUUUGGUACCUCCAAGCGACUAGCAGGCAUUACACCCUGCACUGAGACCUUCACAGGGACCCUACAGUAUAUGGCCCCAGAAAUCAUUGACCAGGGCCCACGAGGGUAUGGGAAGGCAGCGGACAUCUGGUCAUUGGGCUGCACUGUAAUCGAGAUGGCCACAGGUCGCCCACCCUUCCACGAGCUGGGGAGCCCGCAGGCUGCCAUGUUUCAGGUGGGCAUGUACAAGGUGCACCCACCAAUGCCCAGUUCUCUGUCAGCCGAGGCUCAAGCCUUCCUCCUCCGAACUUUUGAGCCAGAUCCCCGCCUCCGAGCCAGUGCUCAAGCACUGCUGGAGGACCCCCUCCUGCAACCCGGGAAGAAGAGCCGCAACCCCGGUGCCCCCCAACAUGCUCUAAGGUCCUCAGACACCCCUUCCGCCAGCCCCACUCCUUUAGCUGACUUGACCUCCCAGUCCCAGACAUUCCCGCGGCCUCAGGCACCCUCUCAGCACCCUCCCAGUCCCCCCAAGCGCUGCCUCAGUUAUGGGGACACCAGCCAGCUCCGGGUGCCUGAGGAGACUGGGGCCGAGGAGCCCGCGUCCCCUGAGGAGAGUUCGGGGCUGAGCCUCCUGCACCAAGAGAGCAAGCGCCGGGCCAUGUUGGCUACGGUACUGGAGCAGGAGCUACAGGCCCUGGCAGAGAGUCUGUGCCUGGAGCAGGAACAGGGACCUUCUCUUUCUCCUCAGGGUUCCCAUCUGGGGAGGAAUCAUGUGGAGCAGCUACUGCGCUGCCUCAGGGCGCACAUCCACACUCCCAACCGUCGGCAGCUGGCCCAGGAGCUGCAGGAGCUGCAAGGGCAGCUUCGGGCCCAGGGCCUUGGGCCCAAGAUUCUGCAAGGACCGCUCUUCGCCUUCCCGGAUGCGGUGAAGCAGAUCCUCCGCAGGCGCCAGAUCCGCCCACACUGGAUGUUUGUGCUGGACUCGCUGCUCAGCCGCGCUGUGCUGGCAGCCCUGGCUGUUCUGGCCCCAGAGGCGGAGAAGGAGGCUGUCCCACCGAAGUCGGAGGAGUCCAAUGAAGAGGAGUCCCAGCGGAAGCAGCAGGAGACCCCAGUCCAGCGGAGCCUGCUCCCAGGGGAACCCGAGCAGGGAACCCCACCUUCGAUGGUGCAGCUGGGCCUCUUGCGAGCAGAGACCUAUAGGCUACGAGAUGUCCUGGCUGAGAAGGAACGGGAGUGCCAGGCCCUGGUGCAGCUAACCCUACAGCGCGUCAGUGGGGAGGCCAGGACCUGGGCCCUGGCCUCAGAGCCCCCAGCUGCUCUCACAGUGGACCAUGGCCUGGUGCGGUGGCUACAGGAACUGAAUGUGGAUUCAGGCACCAUCCAGACGCUACUGAACCACAGCUUCACCCUCCAUGCCUUACUGACCUGUGCCACUAGAGAUGACCUCAUCUACACACGCAUCAGGGGAGGGAUGAUAUGCCGCAUCUGGAGAGCCAUCUUGGCACGGCGAGCAAGGUCCACGCCAGUUACCCCUGGCCCGCAGGAGGCUGAAUGA